ACCUCAGCAACUAAAAACCCAAUCUUUUUCUCUUUGAGCUGUCAGUAUCUCUAAAAAGGUUCUUCUUUUUUUUUGCAAUGGAAGAAACAGAAGAUCACCAUGUGAACAAGAAAUGCACUGCCAAAACCAGGGCUUUCAAGGGCAGGACCAAUCCUAAUCACCAGCACCCGUUGUUGCAAUACUCAAGCCACUUUGGGUUGUUUAACCAGAAUCAGUUCAGAAGUUACUCUUACUACCCUGCUUUGCUUCCUUUGCCUCCUCCAAUACCUUUGCAACUGGCUUUAGCUCCACCUCCCUCUCAAAACCCAACCUUUCAAACAAAAACUUGUUUUCAGAAACAUUCAUGUAACGCCAAUGAUUCUCCUCUUGCCACCUCCUCUGUCUCUGAUUCCCAACUCCCGGUUGUGGCAAUGAAACCAGCUCCACAGGGGCUUCAUGGAAGAACAAGUUUACCAUUUAAAGGAAGUAAUGGAAGGAAGAGCAGGAGUACUACAAAGGAAGCACUAGUGGCUUCUAGGAGACCAGAUUCUGGUGGUGUUGAAGGUCAUGUAAUCACUCUCCUUGCCAACCAUUUUCUUGUAAAAUUUGACCCCUCUCUAAAAAUUUACCAUUAUAAUGUUGAAAUAUCUCCUAAUCCCUCUAAGGAGGUUGCUAGAUUGAUCAAACAGAAACUAGUGGAAAACAACUCAGGUUUACUCUCUGGUGCUCAUCCAGCAUAUGAUAGCAGAAAGAAUAUUUACAGCCCUGUUGAGUUCCAAAAUGAUAAGCUUGAGUUCUUUAUUAGUCUCCCAAUACCCACCACCAAGUCUAGUUUGCCUUUCGGGGAACUAAAUUGCAUCCCGCAAAAGCAGAACCAGCAGCUUAAAGUGUUUCGGAUUAAUAUCAGACAUGUUUCGAAGUUUGAUGGGAAGGAUUUGAAUAGUUACUUGAGCAAGGAAGGUGAUGAUUGGAUCCCACUCCCUCAGGACUAUCUCCAUGCUUUGGAUGUUGUUCUUAGGGAGAGUCCGAUGGAGAAGUGUAUAUCGGUGGGGAGGUCAUUUUAUUCGAGUUCGAUGGGAGGAACUAAGGAGAUUGGAGAGGGAGCUAUUGGAUGGAGAGGUUUCUUUCAGAGUCUUCGGCCUACACAACAAGGAUUAGCUCUCAAUGUCGAUUUCUCCAUCACUGCCUUCCAUGAGAGUAUUGGAGUUAUCCUGUACUUGCAGAAGCGGCUGGACUUUCUUCGAGGCCUUUCUCAAAGGAAAACAAGGAGUUUGAGUGAUGAAGAAAGGAGAGAAGUGGAGAAGGCAUUAAGAAAUAUCAGAGUUUUCGUUUGCCACAGAGAAACUGUUCAGAGAUACCGAGUUCAUGGAUUAACCGAAGAAGUUACUGAAAAUCUCUACUUCCCCGACAGAGGUGGAAAGAAUUUGAGGCUUGUUAAUUACUUUAAGGAGCACUACAAUUAUGAUAUACAGUUCAGGAAUUUGCCAUGCUUGCAGAUCAGUAGGAGCAAACCAUGCUAUCUUCCCAUGGAGCUUUGUAUGAUUUGUGAAGGCCAGAAGUUUCUGGGGAAACUUUCCGAUGAUCAGACUGCGAGGAUUCUUAAAAUGGGCUGCCAGAGACCAAAAGAACGUAAAGCCAUAAUUGAUGGAAUCAUGAAAGGACCAGUAGGACCUACAAGUGGCAACCAGGCAGAAGAAUUCAAGCUCCAUGUUUCAAGAGAAAUGACUUGGUUGAAUGGGAGAAUUCUUCAACCUCCCAAGCUGAAGCUUGGUGACGGUGGACACAUAAGAGACAUCACUCCUUCCCGCCGCGAUCGUCAGUGGAACCUGCUGGACAGCCAUGUCUUUCAGGGAACACAUAUAGAACGGUGGGCGCUUAUAAGUUUCGGGGGCACCCCCGAACAAAAGUCUAACAUCCCUAAAUUCAUAAACCAGAUGUCUCAAAGGUGUGAGCAGCUUGGGAUCUUUCUUAACAAAAGAACAAUUGUGAGCCCUCAAUUUGAAUCAACAGAGGUUCUCAGUAAUGUGUCUCUUUUGGAAUCCAAGCUCAAGAAAAUUCACAGAGCUGCUUCAAACAACCUCCAGCUGCUCAUAUGCGUAAUGGAGAAAAAGCACAAAGGGUAUGCGGAUUUGAAGCGAAUAGCAGAGACAAGCGUGGGAGUUGUAAGCCAGUGCUGCUUGUAUCCGAACCUUGGGAAGCCGAGUUCACAAUUUCUUGCAAAUUUAGCGCUGAAGAUCAAUGCCAAAGUUGGUGGUUGCACGGUUGCUUUGUACAAUUCAUUACCAUCUCAGAUUCCACGUCUUCUCCGUCCUGAUGAGCCUGUGAUCUUUAUGGGUGCCGAUGUCACUCAUCCUCACCCUCUUGACGAUUUCAGCCCAUCUGUUGCUGCCGUGGUUGGUAGCAUGAACUGGCCUGCAGCAAACAAGUAUGUAUCUAGAAUGAGAUCUCAAACACAUCGAGAGGAGAUAAUCCGGGAUCUUGCUGCAAUGGUCGGAGAAUUACUCAAUGAUUUCUACCAAGAAGUAAAGAAACUACCGAAGAGAAUAAUCUUCUUCAGAGAUGGUGUAAGCGAAACUCAAUUCUACAAAGUGCUUAAGGAGGAACUGCAAGCUGUUAAAGAAGCUUGUGCAAGGUUUCCAGGUUAUAAACCUCCUGUUACUUUCGCUGUAGUUCAGAAGAGGCAUCAUACAAGGUUAUUCCCAUUUGAAACCGAUCCUUCGACUCAAAACACUUUCGACGAAAAUAUUCCCCCAGGGACAGUAGUGGACACAGUGAUAACUCAUCCAAAGGAAUUCGAUUUCUAUCUUUGCAGUCAUUGGGGGGUGAAGGGUACUAGCCGCCCCACCCAUUACCAUGUCUUGUGGGAUGAGAACCAAUUCACUUCCGAUGAACUGCAGAAGCUGGUCUACAAUCUAUGCUACACGUUCGUAAGAUGCACCAAGCCCGUCUCUCUGGUGCCGCCUGCAUACUAUGCACACCUGGCUGCAUAUAGAGGGAGGCUUUACCUCGAACGAUCGGAAUCCGUUACAUGCAAAAGAAGUUCUUCCACAAUCUCACGUGUAGCUCCUCCAAAGGCAACACCAUUACCAAAACUAAGUGAGAACAUUAAGAAACUCAUGUUUUACUGCUAAACUACAAGUCCUACAUGUCAAGAAUUCUUGGCAACAGUAGGUUAAA